UAAUCUAACAGGUAAGACUGCUCUGUUACGUGUGUCGACAUGAGGAUUGACGACAACCGGGAUGUUCUUAGUUCAAAUCUAAGAUUCCAGGGAGGUGGACCAUCUUCCACUGUGAUGUUGAGGAUUGGAGAACCAUGGCUCAGUUUCAAAGCUUGAUAUGGAUAAUUAACCUAGCUAUCAUUUUGACGCUUCUAAACAUUCAGCUCUCUAUUGCAUGUGGUAGAGCAGAGUACAGAACAGGUAUUGAAUGCUGUCCUAUGUGUUCACCAGGAAACCGGGUACAUAAACACUGUACAGAAUUUACAAGUACUUCCUGUGUCCCCUGUACCGACUCCACGUUCCUUGAUGAACCCAGUGGUCUUACAGCAUGCAUACUGUGUACAAACUGUGACCCUGGCCUUGGUUUGAAGGUAAGGCAGCCAUGUAGACCUUCAUCAGACACUGUCUGUGGGACACUGGAGGGGUUCUACUGUCUAGACCCAACUAAGGAGGGUUGUAGAGCAGCCCAGAGACACAGCAGCUGUAAACCUGGUCAAUACAUCAACCACACAGGAACAAUAUCUACAGAUACUGUGUGUUCUGACUGUACUGGUGACACCUAUUCAAAUGGAUCAUUUACAUCCUGCCAGCCACACACACAAUGUGAUACCUUGAAGCUUCAGCAAAUUAAAUCUGGAACUCAUUGGUCUGACUCUGAGUGUGGACCACAGACCUCCCUUUCCAUUGUUGAAAUAAUAUCUGGUGCUGCUGCUGUGGUGGUGGUGGUGGUACUAGCUGUGAUGGCAGCAGUAGCUAUUAGAAGAAAAAUGAAAGGUCCUGUAUCUGAGAGGACUUUUCCAGAGACACAAAGCUCUACAGAGGUAUCAGACAGAGAGGGAACAUCAAUGCUGUUUGUGGGAACAAGAACAGGUAAGGUAGCCUAUAACAUCAGAAUGGUGCAGUAUACUUGUUCAUGAAUUUCAGCCAGAUUUGAGCUAAAAUGUGUCUUAUGAAUAUUAUACAGAUUCAAGCCUCCAGGACAUUCAUCAGAACAAUCCAGUCUAAUGUGUGGUUCAUUGGCUUGAAAACUAGACUAGGCAGUAGGGCCCAAUUUCUGUCCACUACAUGGUGAAUGUGAUCUAGACUCUGUUUUUAAAUAGAAGUUGGAGGCUGACACAUUUGUUUUGUGGUGUAAAGAUUAAAACGGUCAUGACCUUGUCUUCCAAUACUGGGGAUUAAGAUGGAAACCUUAGUAGGAGCCAGGUCUGUUCUGUUCUGGGAAAGGUCAGGUGUGUCCAUGAUUUCAAAUGGUCAGUCCAAGUCAGUUGACGGUAAUUGGAAUAAAACACUAAUGCCAUUUUGUAAGACACUCCACCUGGUCUUUGGAUGCUGGUGCCAGAUACAUUGAGCAAAUGCCCUUGAACUGAGGAAGUCUACAGAUCACAACAUCUCCAUGGACCUUAUGGAACUUGUGAUGUACUGUAGAUUCUGUUGAUACAAACUGUAAAGGACAUACGAAUGACAUUUCCUGGACACAAAUGGACUCCACUUGUUGAGUUACCAUGGAUUUGUAUAAUCCCACAGAGUAAACAUCAAGAGGCAAUGGUCCAGUGUAGGCUAUGUUCAGUGUGACCCAUUUAUUUAGUUAAACUGUAAUUUAACUAGGCAAGUCAGUUAAGAACAAAUUCUUAUUUACAAUGACCGCCUACACCGGACGACACUGGGCCAAUUGUGCACCGCCCUAUGGGACUCCCAAUCACGGCCGGAUGUGAUACAGCCUGGAUUAGAACCAGGGACUGUAGUUACUCCUUGCACUGAGAUGCAUUGCCUUAGACCUGCGCCACUGGGGAGCUCUGAAGCAAAGCAAUGGGACAAAUGUUUUGUUUACAGUUCUGUUCUUACAAUCCUCCUAAAAUAUAUAUUUUAUUGUCACACACUGGGGGAUACGUGCUGUGAAAUGUGUUGUUUUACAUGGUCAGCCAUAGUAGUACUCUGCCCCUGGAGCAAAUUAGGGUUAAGUGCCUUGCUCAAGAACACAUUGACAGAUUUUCCACCUUGAUUGUAUAGUUAUUUGUGUUGUACAGUUCCUUUGUAAUUUGUAGGUAUUGUUUUAUAUGAUGCACAUUAUUCAAUGUCAUUAUUCAUUGUAUUGAUGUUUUUGAUUCCAUGGGUUUACAGUCUCUUCUAUUGAAUCAAUUUGCUUCUCUGUAAGUCAUGGGUUAUGCUUGUUUCACCAGCCAUCAGUGCUCAGCCUAUUGUUGCUUUAAGUGUAUUUCUGGUGACUGAUCCAAUGUCCCCUCUUGGGAUUAAGAAAUAGAGGAUCUGCAACACAAUUAAGCCAGCUAACUUUCUUAUGUUCAAGUGUCCCAAUGAUGUUAGCUACAUUGUUGUUAAAUGCUAUUGAAUAAAGCAAAAUGUGAAAACU